AUGAACCUGGCAUUGAUUGAUCCGUUUCAGCUAGCCCAGGACUCUCCGGACGCGCUUACGAACGACCUCAGAUCUGGCCAUGCGACAACCCUCAGAUUCAGUCGCAAGGGCGACUAUCUCGCCUCAGGUAGGGUCGAUGGGAAAAUUGUCAUCUGGGACAUGGAGACCUACGGCAUCGGCAUGAAACUGAACGGUCACUGGAAACAGAUCCAAAGUUUGAGCUGGUCUCGAGAUGGCCGAUUUCUCCUCUCGGCCAGUCAAGACUGCCGCGCCUGCUUGUGGGACCUACAGACCCAAGAACGCAUCCGCACAGUAAAGUUCGAAGCGCCCAUCUACACGGCCGAACUACAUCCAUACAACCACAACCUCUUUGUCGCGUCACUGUUCGAAGACCGGCCUUAUCUGGUCGACAUAACGGAGCCCAUCGCGGUCAAGCGCGUCCUGCCAACCACGCCGCUCAGCGACGAUGGACUAUCUCGAGCAGAAAACAAGCAAGCCACCACCUCGGCCAUCUUCUCAGUGCUCGGAAACCACAUCAUCACAGGCACGUCCAAGGGGUAUAUCAACAUCCUGGAAACCGAGUCCCGGAAAAUCAUCCACUCCACCAAGAUCAGUGGUGGCCUCAUCUCGCUUCUCAGACUAACUACAAACGGCCGUCAACUGUUGGCCAACAGCACCGACCGCAUCAUCCGCACAGUAAAUCUGCCCGACCUUAGCAUCAUACGUGCGUCCUCCUCCCCGUACACGGACGACACCGACCACCCCGACCCAGCCACCCUGGCAGAGAACAUCCACCUGACAAUCGAGCACAAGUUCCAAGACCUGGUCAACCGACUCCGCUGGAACCACUGCGCGUUCAGUCACUCCUCCUCGACAGGCAUCGCCGACUACGUGACCGCCUCGACAUACAUGAAGAAGGACAUCUACAUCUGGGAACUACGCACCAACUCGCUCCUGCGCAUCCUGGAAAACCGCGAAGAACCCGCCAUCAUCGAGUGGCACCCUUCUCGGCCGCUCCUGGCCUGCACUUCGAUCGAGACGGGGAGCAUCCAGAUCUGGGGCAUCGAGCCACAGCAGAAAUGGUCCGCCUUGGCACCGGAUUUCACCGAAGUGACCGAAAACGUCGAGUACAUCGAACGCGAGGACGAGUUCGACGAGUACCCCCAGGAGGAGCACCAGAAGAGACGGUUAGACCGGGAGGAUGAGGACGUGGAUAUUUUGACCGUCGAAGCCAAACCCGAAGACGCCUCGUUCGUGCUGCCUGUCUUGUACGACAUUGAGGACUCCGAGGGCGACGACCAAGAACUUGUUCGUCACGGCGUGGGCACCAUGCGGAAGAAGGACGUCAAUGAAGGCAAAGAGUACGAGAACGAUGGCGACGAGGUGCCCAAGACGGUGCGGAAGCGGAAGUAUUGA